CCCGAACUCCCGGGAAGUCCAGAUCGUGUUUUCCGCUGGCGCUCACAGAAUUCUAGACCUCUUCCACGCUGCCGUUUUCCAGGCAGUAGCAGCGGCUGCGUCUCCCGCGGCACAUCAGAUUUUCAGACAGGUCUAUUUGGUCUCCUUGUUUACCCACCUUUUUAAAGUCCUUUUGGGUUUGUUUUGUUUUGUUUUUAAAUCCGCCCUGAUUGUUUUAUCAGUGAUGCUAUUAUUUAUGAGCGCGGCUUCUCCUAUGUUAUGGAUUGACUCCGAUCUCCCUGCUUUCCUUUCUAACUUAUUCAAGAAAACAAAAUUGAACCCCUUCGUGUUUCUGAUCCCAGGUCUCCUUAGUUAUACUGCAUGUUUCACCCGGCCAGCUUCAAACCAAGCUGAUCCAUGAUGUUUUUGAUUAAUAUAAUAUAAAGUGAAAAGGACUUUUCUGUUUAGCUUUGGGAGGAAAGAGAGAGGAACGGAGCAAGAGACGGUAAACGAAGAGGAUUUAAAACGCGGAUUUUUUAAAAACAUUUAUUUUUGAAAAGUGAUGGCGGAGUGGGGAGCUCGGUUGCUCUUCUCUAUUUCGUGUAUCACCGUUCUUUCUUCCGCUACCGUGGCUCGGCACGCAGACAAAGCAUCGGGCCCGAGACAGUUCACCCCCUUCUGGUUCUCGGUGGAGCCCGUCGACACGCUGGCUGUGCGCAGCUCCCCUGUCUUCCUGAACUGCUCGGCCCACAGCGAGCCCCCGGCGCGGGUGGAGUGGAAGAAGGACGGCACCUUCCUGAACCUGGCCUCCGACGACCGACGCCAGCUGCUACCCGAUGGCUCCCUGCUCAUCCCCAGCGUGGUGCACUCCAAACACAGCAAGCCAGACGAGGGCUUCUACCAGUGUGUGGCCACCAUCGACAGCCUGGGCACCAUCAUCAGCAGGGCUGCACGCCUCACAGUCGCAGGUCUUCCAAGGUUUAGCAGCCAGCCAGGAGCUUCUUCAGUAACCCAGGGCGACAGUGUGGUUCUGAACUGUGACAUCAAUGUGGACCUGGUGCCCUUCACUCGCUGGGAGCUGGACCAGGAGCCACUGGACCUGGACGAGAGGGUGGUCAAGCUGCCUAACGGCACCCUGGUCAUCAGCAACGCCUCGGAGGCCGAUGCCGGCCUGUACCGCUGCGUGGUAGAAAACGUCGGGCCUGUGAAAACCAGCGAUGAGGCUGAGCUUCAGGUUCUACCAGACACGGGCACAGACAGGAGGCUGCAGUUUCUGAGUCAGCCCGCCCCUGUGAUGAAGGCUAGGGGGCAGGACGUGCUUCUGCCAUGUGUGGUCUCGGGGUCCCCUGCACCCACAGUCCGGUGGAUGAUUGGAGACAAGGUCAUCGAUGAAAGUGAGGCCAGGUUUAAGGUGGUAGGAGGCGGGAGUCUGUAUGUGAUGAACCUCACAGAGGAGGAUGCUGGGAUAUACAGCUGCUUGGCGGACAACGGCAACGAAACCAUUGAGGCGCAGGCAGAACUGACAAUCCAAGCUCCUCCACAGUUCCUGAAGAGGCCGAGUGAUAUCUACGCCUACGAGUCCAUGGACAUCGUGUUCGAGUGUGAGGUGACUGGCACGCCUGCUCCCACCGUCAAGUGGGUCAAAAACGGGGACGCGGUCAUUCCCAGCGACUACUUCAAAAUCAUCAAAGAACAUAACCUGCAGGUUUUAGGGCUGGUGAAGUCGGAUGAAGGGUUCUACCAGUGCGUGGCUGAAAAUGACGUGGGGAAUAUACAGGCCAGCGCUCAGCUUAUCAUACUGGAACAUGAUGUUGCCAUUCCAGCACCCCCUCCCACCUCACUGACCAGUGCCACUACUGACCAUGUAGCACCAGCGGGCAGCCCCGGACCCACCCCCUCGGCCCCCCGGGAUGUGGUGGCAUCGCUGGUAUCCACACGCUUCAUCAAGCUCACCUGGCGCCUGCCCGCGGAGCCACACGGAGACAACAUCAACUACUCUGUCUACUACAGCCAGGAGGGCGCCACCAGGGAGCGGAUUGAGAACACCAGCCGGCCAGGAGAGCUGCAGGUGACCAUCCAGAACCUCAUGCCUGAAACCAAGUACGUGUUCCGAGUGGUGGCACACAACAGGAACGGGCCAGGAGAGAGCUCCACCCCUCUCAAGGUGGCCACGCAGCUUGAAGUCCAGGUCCCUGGUCCUUCCCCCAAUCUGCGAGCGCUCGCCACAUCUCCAACCUCCAUCACUGUGAGCUGGGAGAUGCCCCUGUUGGGCAAGGGAGAGAUCCAGAACUACAAGCUGUACUACAUGGAGAAGGGACUGGGGAACGAGCAGGAUGUAGAUGUAGGAGGACUUUCCUAUACCAUCAACGGGCUGAAGAAAUACACAGACUACAGCUUCCGAGUGGUGGCAUAUAACAAACAUGGACUGGGUGUGUCCACAGAAGACGUAGUGGCCAGGACUUUUUCGGAUGUUCCCAGUGCUCCUCCUCAAAACUUAACACUGGAAGUGCGCAAUUCCAAGAGCAUCAUGGUCCAGUGGCAGCCCCCACCACCUGGCACCCACAAUGGGCAGAUCACAGGCUACAAGAUCCGCUAUCGGAAAGGGCUGCGGAAGAGCGAGGCAGCGGAGAGCACGGGCGGCACGCAGCUCUUCCAGCUUAUAGACGGUCUGGAGCGUGGCACAGAGUAUACGUUUCGCGUGGCUGCCAUUACUGCAAAUGGAACUGGCCCAGCCACGGACUGGCUUACUGCAGAGACAUUUGAGAGCGACCUGGAUGAGAGCCGAGUGCCGGACAUCCCCAGCUCUCUGCACGUCCGGCCGCUGGUCACCAGCAUCGUGGUCAGCUGGACACCACCGGAGAACCAGAACAUCGUGGUCAGGGGCUAUGCCAUCGGCUACGGCAUCGGCAGCCCCCACGCUCAGACCAUCAAGGUGGACUAUAAGCAGCGCUACUACACCAUAGAGAACCUGGACCCAAGUUCCCACUAUGUUCUGACUCUCAAAGCCUUCAACAAUGUUGGAGAGGGGAUCCCGGUGUACGAGAGUGCAGCUACCAGGCCAUUGUCAGACCCAUUAGACCCUGAGGUUGUUUUAUAUGAACUUUUCAAUGCUCCAUACACUCCAGUACCAGACCCUUCCCCCAUGCUGCCACCCGUGGGAGUGCAGGCAUCAGUCCUGAGCCACGACACCAUCAAGGUCACCUGGGCCGACAACUCCCUGCCCAAGAACCAGAAGAUAACCGACGCUCGCUACUACACGGUGCGCUGGAAGACCAACAUCCCUGCCAACACCAAGUACAAGACUGCAAACACAACAAACCUUAACUACAUGGUGACGGGGCUGAAGCCCAAUACCCUGUAUGAGUUUUCAGUUAUGGUCACUAAAGGACGUCGAUCCAGCACCUGGAGCAUGACGGCGCAUGGGACCACCCUUGAGACAAUUCCGAACUCUCCCCCAAAAGACGUGACGGUGGUGAGCAAGGAAGGGAGACCUCGAACCAUCAUCAUCAACUGGCAGCCUCCGUCCGAAGCCAACGGCAAGAUCACAGGCUACAUCAUCUAUUACAGCACGGAUGUGAACGCUGAAGUUCAUGACUGGGUCAUUGAGCCAGUGGUGGGGAACAGACUCACUCACCAGAUUCAGGAUUUAACCCUUGAUACAUCGUAUUACUUCAAAAUCCAGGCACGGAAUUCUAAAGGAAUGGGACCCAUGUCGGAGGCGGUGCAGUUCAGGACUCCCAAAGCUGAAUCUUCUGACAAAAUGGCUAAUGACCAAGCUUCUGGACCAGUUAAACCAGGCGGUCGCAACACAAUACCACACAGGGAGUUCGGCUCAGUUGGGAGACCCAGCCACUCGGGGAGCCCGACCCCCACUCUGGAUAACAACAUGCUGCUGAUUAUAAUCGUGUCUGUGGGCGCCUUCACCAUCAUCGUCGUGGUGAUCGUGGCUGCCCUCUGUACCUGGCGCACCAACUCCCAGCAGAAGAAGAAGAGGGCAGCCUGUAAAUCAGUGAACGGCUCUCACAAGUACAAGGUCAACUCGAAGGACCUGAAACCACCAGACCUGUGGAUCCACCACGAGAGGCUGGAGCUGAAACCCAUCGACAAGUCUCCAGAGCCCAACCCUGUCAUGACGGAGACACCCAUCCCCCACACCUCUCAGGACAUCCCGCCAGUGGACACCGCCAUGGACAGCAGCAUCCUCCAGCGACGCAACUCCUACCGCGGGCAUGAAUCAGAGGACAGCAUGUCCACACUAGCAGGGCGGCGGGGGAUGAGACCCAGAAUGAUGAUGCCUUUCGACACCCAGCCCCCACAACCUGUGAUUAGUGCUCAUCCCAUCCAUUCCCUUGAUAACCCUCACCACCAUUAUCACUGCGGCAGCCUGGCCUCCCCGGCACACAGCUAUCUCCACCAUCAGCUCAACCCACGGCCGCUCGCCAAUUCCAUCUCCCACAUAGACAGGGCCAACUCCUCAGAGUCUGUGAGGAACACCCCCAGCACUGACCCUGUGCCGGUAGUGAGUCAGCCUGCCUGCAGCAUGGAGCACAUGGAGCCUGAAGCCAGCUUCCUGAGCAGCGCCCCUGAGGAGGAGCCCAGCCGCAACCCCCCCACCGCACACGUGCGUCCAUCACACCCGCUCAAGAGCUUUGCUGUGCCUGCGGUGCCCCCUGCCUCCCCCUUUGAGUCCCCCGCACUGCCCAGCACCCCCCUGCUCACUCAGACAGGGACCACGCCCCAGGUGCACUCUGUGAAAACAGCCUCCAUCGGGACGCUGGGAAGGACCCGCUGUCCCAUGCCAGUCACAGUGCCCAGCGCACCCGACGUACCCGAGACCAGCAGCAUGCUGGAGGAUGCGGAGAGUAAUUACGAGACGGAUGAACUGACCGAGGAAAUGGCCCAUCUGGAGGGACUGAUGAAGGACCUAAACGCCAUCACAACAGCCUGAUCUUAACCCACGAGGGAACAUCUCUAAAUUACAAGCAAAAAAAAAAAAAAAAAAGCAUUUACAAAACUACAAACAAAAAACUCUUGGCUCUCCUGUGAAGACUGAGCAAUUUUAGAGACACUUCAUGUUUUUAAGAAGAAAUAACAUUCACAAAAAAAAGCUGGUGAAAAAAAAUCAUUUGUCGAUGGAGACAAGUUAUGGUGUUUUUCUUUGGUUACCAUGGAAACCGUGUUCGGACAGACGCCAUUUUGUAACUCUUAAGAGAAAAAAAAAAAAAAGUUGGCCGUUUUUUGGUGCUUAAUGCACAGAUCUACAGUGUUUGGACAUUUACAUUAAUGUGUCUAUACUUGUGUUCCCCAUCCCCCAUCCCCAUCCCCAUCCCCAUCCCCAUCCCCAUCCCCCUCCCCCAUCGUCACCCCUUUUUUGUGUGAGCUGAAAUAGGACGUCUGAAAUUCAUAUUUUUUUCCCAUAGCUCGGCCAUUUUGUACCUAGUGCCCUGAGCAAAUGUGCCUGUUACGUUUUUUUUUUUCUUUUUGCGUUAUAUAUUUUGCCAUUACUUUGUAUCAUGUUUCAUUUUAUUAACUGUUUUUAGUAUAUUUUUUUUAUUAUAUAUAUGCCUCAUGCUCUCUCCAUCAUUGUGAUGUCAUUGGAUCCACAAGUGACAAACAGUCUAUGAAUUAUCUGGUAGUUGCUUUAACCCAAAUGGGUGUCUGACAUGAACUGUUUGGAUUUUCAUUCAUAUUUUUAAUGUGCUCAAAAGGAUUGUUACCUCUUCAAACUUUUUUAUUAUUAUUUUAUUUUAACUUAGACAUUAAGUCAAAUGUUUUGUGUGGGAGUUCCAUUCCAAAGGCUACCUCAACAAACAGGUGCUUUUAUGCAUUUAUAUGGUCUCGGCCUGUAUCCCUUCCACAUUGGGAGGGAGGAAGCUGAACUCCAAGUCUGUGUCCAGUGUUACUUUAUCUGUAUGUGUAAAAUAAAACAGUGUUUGACUUUUUAUUCCGACAUAGUUAAACUGUUUCAUUAUAACGGCCCAGAGCUUGUAGCUAACCCUUAUGUUACCUGGUGCGAAACAGCUUCCCAGUCAAAUCCAUUUUUUGCUGUCGUUCUUUUGUUACAGACUUCAUUUUUACUGAAGCCCAUUUGCCACAAUACUGACCGAAUCUUCUUUAGGUUCACUUCCUGUGCAACAAGACACACCCCUUUGUUGGUACAAAUGUGGCAAUUCACGUGGGAAUAACCUGAAGUAAUUCUUUACAGGAGUCUAGCCUCAAAUAUGCAGUGCUGUGGAAGGAUCACUCCUGCUUCACCCCCAGGUUAGCAACAGAAGGAGUCAUUCCACUGAGGGAAGAUGAGCGUUUUAAUAAAAUUGAAUCUGCAGUGAAAUAAAAGUGAGCGUGAGGCCCUGGAGAGUGCCAUGCCGGGGUGGCUUCACCUAAUUUAAAGUGACAAAGUCUGUAAAACUGAAAAGAACACAAUGGCACAGUUGAGAAUGCAUGUUACACUUUAACAGUACCCUUGUAGUGACUGCAGUCAUUCAGAGUGCUAUAGUUAAAAUAUUUCCUUGUACCCUUUCUUCAUUUUCCAAGUUGAACUCAACACUGAGCUGAGACCAUCUAAACCCCUCUCUAUACACUCCCCCAAGCUGUGAUCAUGCCCGAGAAUCAAAACUCCACAUUGGUUUGUUUUAAUUACAAAAAAUUAAACAGUAAUACAGUAGAUCAAGCUAGCUCUAAUAUAUAUAUAUACAUUAGUCUUAAGUAACUGCAUUGAAAAUAAAUUAACACUUUUUAAUGUCUGUUGUACUCAGUUCUGUACAUUAUUAAUUCUAUUUUCGUUUAACACAUUAUCAUUAAAUGCACUUACCUUGGUUCUCACUAGAGGGCACUAAAAAACUCAGCACAAAACCAGGGAGUAAUGCUCUAGUUUCUGUCCCUCAUGAACUGUCAAAGAAGAGAACUGGUGUGUUUGUUUUUUUUUUUUUUAAUCUGCGAGAAUCGGACUAUAUUCAGAUUUUCUUAAAAUUAAACACCUGAGCCAAUCAUGGCCACAUCUAGUUUUCAAAUGUGAUCUUGAACAGGUAUUAAUCAGUUAAAACUAAACACUACAAAUAAGACCUACCCACAAAAUUAGGUCUUUUGGCUAGGAUUACCUGGCUGCAAUCUUUCACCCACCUGUAGAAUUUCAAACUACUGGUUUAAGAACAAUGCAGCGCAGCACCCAGUCCUUCUGCGAUGCACAGAGUUACGUUCUUGGUUAUAAAAGGUGUGUUUUUGAAAUGGGACUCCCAAGCAAAGAUCAUGUUAACCUCUAGCUGGUUAUAUGAAGAAAACAAGUAGCUAGGUAAACGGCUGAAAUGAAAUGUAAAUUAAAAAAAAAAAAAAGAAAAAAAUUAAAAUGUUCAUGUUAUAAAUGUUGUUUCCUCCCCCUUUUACCCAAAGAAUGACAUCAUUACAAUCAUGUUACUGGUUAUACUUUUGUGAAUCUCGUAUUUUUAUUAUGUACAUCCCCAUGAAUGUUAAAUAUAACUGUGGAAGGAAUUUUAAUUAUGGUUACAAAAGCUCAAAGUUGCGGAGGAAGGUUUGGGAGAAACUGUUGUAGACAGUUCAGGUUUGUUUUGCACUUUCACAAUUUUCAAAGUACAUUUUCUUCCAUAUCCUGUGUUUUAAAAAUGUUCAAGCUAUGCUUUGUGUAUCGUGUAGUGUCCUAGUUUAGUGAUUGGCAGCUGUCUUUUUAUUUGUUGCCUCUGAAAUCGGAGCUGCAAAAAAAACGUCCAUGUUAUUUUGUAUUGGCGUUCCAAUACAUUUUAUAUCCAAUUACUACGAAUCUGAAAAUACAGUUUGUUGUGUAUAUUUUA